AUUUUUUCAAAAAUCUGCAUGCCUCGGGUAAAAACUCAACACGGAUUCAUAAAUCACCAUGAAGGAUAAGGUGGGGCAAAAUGGCGAGGUAAUUCCCAGUAGAGUAACGACCUGUGACGCAUAAUUACCUCCUUUAAAGCUAUAGAACACACCCUCCAUAUCAGACUGAUGACCACCAAAAAGAGCUGUUUCUCUUAUUGUGCAUACACACCAUGCACUGUGUGGGGAUUUAAGAACUUUUCCACUUAACAAAGCGCUAGUACGUCUCUGUUCACCCAGAUAGACUAAUUCGAAGUCAUUAUUGUGACACAUUUUAAAACUCGUUAAAUAUCUAAACCCAAACUCAGGAUUAUCGCUUUCAUUAAAUAUUACUUAAAUGGAAGAUUAGUCCGAAGAGAGUUAGUUUCACGUGGACUUUUUCAAUGUCGUGGCUUCUUCUUCUGUACUUUUUUGCUCCAGUGCGGGCACAAUGGGACGUUAUUUGGAACCCUCCCAACACCAACGGUUGCACAACUCCCGACCAAAAACCGGGAUCGUGUCUGCAAAUAUACAACUGUCAACCGAUGCUGGAUUUUCUGGAUAAAGUACGUCAACCGAUUCCGCCUGAAACCGAAAAACACCUGAAAUCGUACCGGUGUGGAACUGAUAGAGGAAAACCAAAAAUCUGCUGCCCUUCAGGUCUUAUAAUUAUAGACAACGAAAAAUUGGAAGACAGUAUUGUAUUCCCCGACGUUUCGACCCACAGGAAUUUUCGCCUUCUACCAAAGAACUGCGGGCACUUCGACGCCGAUAACAAAAUCGUCAAUGGAGAAAAAACUGGACUUUUUGAGUUCCCGUGGAUGGCGCUGUUAUCAUAUCGGACUCGAAAUGGGCCACAAUUUAAGUGUGGAGGCACUAUUAUCAACCAAAAGUAUAUUCUAACAGCGGCUCAUUGCUUAGCAAACUUGAAGACCCCACUAAUUGGAGUCCGAGUUGGAGAACACAACAUUCGUACUCAGAAGGACUGCGAGUUUGACAAAUGGAACGGGGAAAUUUGCGCACCCCCGUACCAAGAUCUGGGGGUUGAAGCCGUUAUCACGCACCCGGAGUUCAGUUCCAGGUACUUGAGCAACGACAUCGGGCUUAUACGGGUGUCACCCAUCGACUUGUCGCAAGAAAACAGCAGACCCGUGUGCCUUCCCCUAGCCGAGUCCAGGGAUUACAACUUCACCAACCGCAACGUCUUCGUCGCCGGGUGGGGGAUAACCGAAAGAGGAACCCCGAGUCCCGAGCUCCUGAAGGUCGCUCUUCCCGUUGUUCCCUUGAAGGAAUGCGAAGACGCGUACGCGAAAACCGCUAGAGUGGAUAAUCGGCAGCUGUGUGCUGGUGGAAGGAAUAAGAAGGAUUCGUGUGGAGGCGACAGCGGGGGUCCUCUUCAUGCCCAGGGACGCAUAAAUGGGGACACCAGGCUCGUCCAACAGGGAAUAGUUUCGUUUGGACCCAUAAGGUGCGGAGAGGUUCCGAUUCCGGGGGUGUACACCAGGGUAGCGGCUUUUAUGGACUGGAUUUUGGAUAAUAUAGAACCGUGA